CUCCGUUCCAAAUUUUUACCCGUUACAAAUUCAAAUGUCGGCGAAAGCGAUUCAGAGACUGACCAACGCGGCCAUUGCGAUCGGCCUGGGAGCUGGCGUUGUGCAGUCCAGCAUUUACGAUGUCAAGGGCGGGCACCGCGCAGUUAUUUUUGACCGUCUCCAGGGAGUGAAGCAGGUCACGAUUGGCGAGGGCACGCAUUUCCUCAUUCCGUGGCUCCAGCGCGCUAUUAUCUUUGAUGUGCGCACCCGCCCGCGCUUGAUUUCGACCACCACCGGAUCGAAGGACAUGCAGAUGGUCAGCCUGAGCCUGCGUGUGCUGCAGCGCCCGAACAAGGAGAACCUGCCGCGCCUGUACCAGAACCUGGGUCUCGACUAUGACGAGCGCGUGCUGCCCUCGAUCGGUAACGAGGUGCUGAAGAGCGUGGUGGCCCAGUUUGACGCCAGUGAGCUUAUUACCCAGCGUGACAUCGUGUCGGCCCGGAUCCGCGACGAGCUGCUGGCGCGUGCGCAGGAGUUCAACAUCGAGCUUGAGGAUGUCUCAAUCACCCACAUGACUUUUGGCAAGGAGUUUACCGUUGCUGUCGAGAAGAAGCAGAUUGCGCAGCAAGAGGCCGAGCGUGCCCGCUUUGUUGUCGAGAAGGCCGAGCAGGAGAAGCACGCAGCCAUUAUCCGCGCUGAGGGUGAGGCCAUGGCGGCCGACCGCAUCUCAACGGCUCUGCAGAAGGCCGGCCCUGGCCUGGUCAAGCUGCGUCGUAUCGAGGCCUCGCGCGAGAUCGCCGAGACGCUUUCGGGCGCUCGCAACGUUACAUACCUGCCCCAAGGAAACUCGAACGGCAACCAGAUGCUGCUCAACAUCGGACAUGCUUAA